AUGGCUCAGGGGACAAACGGCCAGCCAGAUGCCGGGCUGAGAAGUCUCGAUCAUUACCGCUACCAGCUGCCGUCCUGGCGUUAUUGGCCCCGACAGAAACUCCUCCCCCUCGUGCGCUAUGAAACGCCUUACCUGGCCUGGUUUCAGGAAAGAAUCCGGACACCAUCGCUAGAUUCCUAUUUCGCCUUCACCGCAAAUCUCGGCACUCAUACCUUUUUCAUGAUUUUCUUGCCGAUAUUGAUUUGGAGCGGUCAAAUAACCAUGGGUCGAGGGUUGGUACACAUGCUGGCUUCGGGUGUUUUCUUCAGCGGUUUCAUGAAGGAUCUACUAUGUCUCCCGCGGCCGUUAUCACCCCCGCUUCAGCGCAUCACCAUGUCCGGCUCUGCCGCUUUGGAAUACGGCUUCCCUUCGACGCACUCGACCAAUGCGGUCUCGGUUGCGGUAUACUGUCUUGGUUUGCUUAAUUCGCCCGAGUCGACACUGGGCCCGCGUCUGAACUUGGUGCUCCAAGCCCUGACGUGGAUCUACGUGGCCUCCGUGGUGCUUGGCCGCUUGUACUGUGGAAUGCAUGGCUUCUUCGAUGUGAUCAUUGGAUGCCUGCUGGGUGCCUUGAUUGGAUUUGUCCAGUUCGCAUACGAGCCGUUUUUUGAAGAAUCGUUGGCCUCGGCAACUGGCUUGCAGGUCCUGCUGCUGGUACUUGUGAUUCUGGCUCUAGUCCGGGUCCACCCGGAACCCGCAGAUGACUGCCCAUGCUUCGAUGAUAGCGUGGCUUUUGCGGGGGUAAUGCUGGGCGUUGAGGUGUCUUAUUGGCAUUCUGUGCGAUCCGGCAUCUUAUGGGCCGAUUCAUCGUAUGGGCUUGAGCACUCGGGCUUGGUAAAGACAGUUCUGCGCAUGGUCCUUGGCGUGGCAAUGGUAUUCGCAUGGAAAGAAAUCAUGAAGCCCUUGUUGCUGCACAUUCUCCCUCCUAUCUUCCGAGGGUUGGAGAAAUCGGGUCUCAUUCUUCCUCGGAGAUUUUUUACCAAUGCCUCGGAGUAUUCUACGGUCCCGGCACAACUUACGGAUGACGAAGUACUUCCGAAAAUGUCGGAAAUCCCAUCCAUUCUUAACAACAUCAGCCACCCUCGACGACGGGCUGUGUCUGUUGGUCCACAAUCCGAGGCCGAUGCCUACGAAACCUUAGCGUAUCGCGAGAAGCGCCGACGUGAAAGCCGCUCAGGUGGUAAUCGGCCAUCACCUGGGUGGGAAGCGGACAAGCACGGGGUUUCCGCAGCAGUGAAUGGACGACCAUCACCAUCUGCGCUAGCGCGCAGACCGACCAAACUGAAUGACUAUGAGAAUAUGAUGGGCACGGGUACUCCUCGCUACAAUAGCCCUCAUGAACCCGGAACCGAUGGGGAUCGGACGGACCGCUCGUCCCCGCCCGUUCCUUUCCCUCCCUACGAAGAGCCACCGGAUGAGGCCGAAAUGUUUCGGCAGAUUAAGCGACCGCGUGUGCGGUACGAUGUGGAGGUGAUCACCAAACUGAUAGUAUAUUCUGGUAUUGCCGCACUUGCUGUCGAGGGAGCACCGCUUGUGUUCGAAUUGUUGGGCUUGGGUAUUGGCCAAGCGAAGUAG